AUGUCUAAUUCUUCGAGGGGCCGAGUUACCAUUACUCUUGGACGCAGCGGUCAGGUUGUGAAGAGGGAUGUAUCUGCGGCAGAUGUUGCUUACUCUUCUUCUAUGUCUUCAGCUGGGAGUAAGCGGUCUGUGAGAGACAGAAUUGGAAAUAAUGCAGAUAGUUCCAUGUGGCAUGGGAAUGGGCUCGGCGGCAAUAAAAGACAGCGAGGAGAUGUAAGCUUGCAAAAGGGACAAGAUGGUAAUCGGCGUAUUGGAAAAGACGAUCUCCGAUUGAAACUCAUGCAAAAAAGUGCAGGGAAGAGGACUGAAAGUAAUGGCAAUAAGAGGAAUGUUGAUCUCCGUGAAAAAUUGUCGAAGACCGCUUAUCCUCCGACAAACAGUUUUAAUUCAAAGCAGCGCAUGCCUGAACCAAGGGAAACAAGCUCGUACAGGCUAGUUCCCUCAGCUAGAAGUUCUGAGGAUUUAAUGCGUAUGGAAUCCAUGAGAAGCUCAUACUCUCCUUGGACACUGGAUCAAAUUCGGCAAAGAUCACCCGACGGGUUUCCAAGUUCUUCCAGGGGGAUUUCCCCCCAAAGAAAUGUUGGAGACCCUCAGAGAAGGCCUUUAAACAGGACAUACGAUGGAGUCAGACCAGUUUCUUAUGCAGGUAGGGAUGUUCUUGAAACUUCAAGGCCUCCAAGUGCUGCACCAUCAUCUUUUAUGUCAAGAUCCGGAAUAUCGUCAUUGCCUCCAGUAACUGCCAAACCGGUAGCAUCUCGUCCUGGCCAGCAUCCUCCAUCAAGCAGCGUUGCGCAAAGGGUUCCAUUUGUGGGUGAAGAACAGCAACCACAAACUGUCGAUGGCCUGUUGCAAGCACUGGGACUACAAAAAUAUGUCAUACUCUUCAAGGCCGAGGAAGUGGAUAUGACAGCACUGAAGCAGAUGGGAGAAAAUGACCUUAAAGAGCUUGGAAUUCCUAUGGGUCCAAGGAAAAAACUUCUUCUUGCACUCUUGCCUCGUAAACGACAGCAGUGUUGA